AAAAUCCAAACCCAUAUAAACUCACACACUGACCUACUUUGUCAGCAGAGGAAGACGGAGUCAGACUCACAGGACUUCACUGAAACUCUUUAACUUUGGACGAAAGGAUGUUGUCGUUUGUGUGCGUGGUGCUGCUGGCGGCCUCAGCUCUGGGUCAUCUGGAUGAAGCCUCUCUGGACGCCCAGUGGGAGCAGUGGAAGAUCACACACAGGAAAGAGUACAAUGGCCUGGAUGAGGAGGGGAUCCGCAGGGCCAUCUGGGAGAAGAACAUGCGCAUGAUCGAGGCCCACAACCAGGAGGCAGCGCUGGGCAUUCACUCCUACGAGAUGGGGAUGAACCACCUGGGAGACAUGACGUCAGAGGAAGUGGUUGAGAAGAUGACCGGCCUGCAGAUCCCCAAUAACCGCGAGCGCAGCUUCACCAUGGCUCUGGAUGAUAAGGUGUCCAGGAUUCCCAAAUCUGUCGACUACCGCAAGAAGGGGAUGGUGACGCCAGUGAAGAACCAGGGCUCCUGUGGCUCCUGUUGGGCCUUCAGCUCAGCUGGGGCCCUCGAGGGCCAGUUGGCCAAGCAGACAGGUCAGCUGGUGGACCUCAGUCCUCAGAACCUGGUGGACUGCGUCACAGAGAACGACGGCUGCGGAGGAGGAUACAUGACCAACGCUUUCAAGUACGUCCAGGAAAACGAAGGCAUCGAUUCUGAGGUGGCCUACCCGUACGUCGGAGAGAACCAGCCCUGCCGCUACAACUCAUCGGGCAUGGCAGCUCAGUGCAGAGGCUACAAAGAAGUCCCAGAGGGCGACGAGCACGCUCUGGCUGUUGCACUGUUUAAAGUGGGUCCAGUUUCCGUGGGCAUCGACGCCACGCAGAGCAGCUUCCAGUUCUACCAGAGAGGUGUUUACUACGAUCGCAACUGCAACAAAGAGGACAUCAAUCACGCUGUGCUGGCAGUGGGCUACGGAGUGAACACCAAGGGGAAGAAGUUCUGGAUCGUCAAGAACAGCUGGAGCGAGAGCUGGGGCAACAAGGGCUACAUCCUGAUGGCACGUAACCGUGGCAACCUCUGCGGCAUCGCCAACCUCGCCAGCUACCCCAUCGUGUGAGGAGAUCGGAGAGUACGGAGCUCAGAGGGAGACGAGGGGAGGACAACGGGGGCUCUGCUCAGACUACGAUACAUGAGAAGAGAUCCUUCCAAAUCUCAGUGAAAACAUAUUUUUAAAAAUUCAAAUAGGACUCACUGUCAUUUGGAAUGAAUCUCCUCUGGUAUCAGAAAGGGUUAAAUGAAAUGGACUCUUGGAUUCAAGCGUCCUUAAAUAACAUCUGAGGACGUUUUGGUUAUCUUGAAUAAUUUGAAGCACUUUGAGCCCCUCAAGUCUUUUCAGUUUUAUCUCCAGAGCAGCAGACUUCCACUGUGGUCGGCUCCGUAGAGAAACACAUACAAUCCCAGUACCUCCAGGGCAUGGCGUUAGUAACACUUACCAACGUGCCAAGUUAAAUCUGCUCCAGUGACCCAGUGUUUGGCUGAUAGUCCGUGAUGCUUUCAGUCUCUCGUUUUUUAAUUACAGUGUGUGUGUGUGAAAACGACUUAAAUUUAAAUUCAGUGUGGCAGGAAACAUUGCUGGGCAAUGAGAGCUCCUCCUCUCCUGUUGACGCUGAGUCCUUUAAAAUCCUGCACAGUUUUUCUUUUCAUCAUGUCAAACUUGUUGUUGUUGUUGUUGUUGUUCUGUUCAGCACUUUUCUGAUGAUUAAACUGUUAACUGAUGUUUUCUAUGAAAUUGAAUAAAGGUUUCAUUUUGAAUUUGAA